AUGUGCGGUAAACUCUAUUUAUUUACAAAAGUAGUUAGAUGUAAAUUCUUAAAUAACGCUUAUUACUCCACAAAAGGUAGUAAUCGGCUGUUGGAUAUUUUAGCCAACAUGCCGAAAUCAAAUACUGCGAGGAUAGCUGAAGUUCAACGACAACGUCAAAAAAAUGCUAAAAAAGGUGAUAAGUACGGUCCCAGCACAAUUUACCUCCAAGUAUUGGGCUCAGGGGCUCGAGGAGCACCGAAUACGUUAUAUCUCUUCACAGAUCAAAAACGAUAUAUGUUUAAUUGUGGCGAAUGUACACAGCGUCUAGCUCAUGAGCAUAAAGUAAAGCUAUCCAAAUUAGAUCACAUUUUUAUUACAAGUAAGACCUGGAAGAAUCUGGGAGGUCUACCUGGUCUAUCACUUACGUUGCAGGAUGUUGGUGUUCCUAAUAUCACAUUACAUGGACCGGAAGGCCUGGAUGAACUUUAUAAUGCAACAAAAAGAUUUGUUAUCAUGAAAGAUUUAAAUGUUACAAUGGCAAAAUGUAAGCCCAGUGAAGAUUUUGAUGAUAAUGUUAUGUCUGUGAAGUAUGUGAUACUGAGCCCUCAACAGACCUUAUUUCCUGAAAUGAAGCCAGUAGCCAAGAAACCAAAGUUAGACUCUUCUCCAGAUCAUACUAACAAGCAAGAACAAGAUUUUGAAGAGUUUAUUCAUGAUGACACAGAUUACUACAGACGUGAAACAGACAGAAGUAAAACUGCUAAACAAAAAUCAAAAGUUUCUUUUGAUAAAGAUAAAGAAAAGAAAAAGCCAGAAAAAUUACACCAUUUUAUACCAAAAGUCACCAAUAAUUGUAGUGUGGCAUAUAUUUGUACAUUAAAGAAACGUUUAGGUACCCUAGACCUAGAGAAAUGUGUUGAAAUGGGAGUGAAACCUGGUCCACUGUUAGGGCAAUUAAAAUGUGGACAGGAUGUAGUGUUGCCAGAUGGAACACUUGUGAUGUCAAAGGAUGUUAAAACACCAGAUGACCCUGGACCUGUGUUUAUAGUACUGGAAUUGCCAGACAUCAAAUGGCUGAAGGAGGAUGAAUUUGCAGCUCAUUUUGACAACGGCACCAAUCCAUCAGAAAACAUUCCAACUGUUAUAGUACAUUAUACGCCUCCGCAUGUUUUCCAUCAUCCAAAGUACCAAGCCUUCAUGUCUCUAUUUGGUACAAAUACACAACAUCUGAUACUCAACGGGCAGAACUCUUGCCUUGGCUCGGAAGCGGUUCAUAAGACCCAACACAAGCUACAUUUGCUGGACCCAGACAUAUUUCCUUUACUAAAGGAUUUGAGUGUUCCUGCUGUGUGGAAUGCCCAUCCCCCACUUCCGAAGACCAGUAGCCCGAUAAGAUUAAAGGGAUUGGAAGAGUUGAAGAAUAAGAUUGCCGUGGCCCAGUUCCAGACGAUUAUAAACAUGGAGGGGUCGGGGCAGGGUGAGGGAGAGGGAGAACCCACGAAUGAUAAUACGCGGCUGAAUUUCAUGGCUGCCAGGACUCUUACUAUGUUUCAUUUACGGCCUAAGCGGGAGUUGGAUAGGUCGGCGGAACCGAAACUCCACAUCCAAGAUUACAUCCAAGAAACGAUGGAUGUGGAUGGAUUUGUGCCCAGCUUGGAACAGUUUCGAACCCUGGUAGACAACCUUCGGUACGCAAAGAGUGACGCCAGAGAGUUUCCAAAAGUGGUUUUCUUGGGUACUGGGUCAUGUAUACCCAGUAAGACUAGGAAUACUAGUGGAAUUGUUCUUCAAAUCGAUGAAAAUCGUUCAAUGCUGUUAGACUGUGGUGAAGGCACAUUUAAUCAAUUAGUACGAUUUUACGGACCAAAACGCGUGAACACUUUCCUGAGGUCCUUGAAGGCUAUUUUCGUGUCUCAUUUACAUGCCGACCAUCAUAUUGGUUUAAUGGGCGUUCUUCAAGCACGACGUCACGCUUUGGACGAGAUUUCAAGUGACGACACGUUGUACUUGUUAGCCCCUGGCCAAAUUGUGACUUGGCUUUCGAAGUAUGACCAGCAAUUUGAGACUAUACGGAAUGAGUUCACUUUGAUACCUAAUCAGAAUUUGUUAGAAGCAAAACUAUCAGAUCCCCCGAACAGAGACAUCACAUCUGCAGUGUUAGCGGGUAUUGGUGUUGAGAAUAUCACAUCCUGUCUGGUCUCACAUUGUCCUAAUGCUUUUGGGGUCGCCGUACAAGUAGACGAGAAACACAAAGUUACUUAUUCUGGAGACACGAUACCGUGUGAAGAGCUUGUUAAGAUCGGCAUGAACUCAACACUCCUAAUCCAUGAAGCGACGAUGGAAGAUGAAUUGGCAGACGAAGCCCGCACAAAAAUGCAUUCAACCACGUCUCAAGCGAUAGAUAUAGGAAGGAAAAUGAACGCAACAUUCACAGUUUUGACGCAUUUUAGCCAGAGAUAUGCGAGAUUGCCUAGACUUAAUGCGCACAUUUUGAAUGAUAAUAAAAGUGUUGGUAUCGCUUUUGAUAAUAUGCAGAUUACUAUGAGCGAUUUGGAGCUUUUACCGCACAUGUACGCUCCCCUACAGCUAAUGUUUGCUGAACAUUGCGUGGAACUGGAACUAAAAGCGGCACUAAGACAGAAGCACAAGGAGAGGCUGGCGUCCGCUCCUAACUUGCCUACUUCCGGUAUUGUACAGUUAAAAUAA